GAUUUCAAGCUACGACUAGUCCCCGCCACCGCAUGUGGCUUUUCAAGGUCCAGCCCAUUCGCUUGCUUGUUGUCUGAACCGUUUGCACGAGACAGUUGGUCGUGAUUAAGACUAACAGCAGGGCACUGAGCGAGUUUGGCGUUCUUGGGGUCGCUCCUGCUCCGUGUCAGCGCCCCGCUCUUGGUUGCGACCGCCAGGGCAGCUCCUCAGGCCCAGCCUCCACACAACAGCUCUAGUCGCCGUUCGCACGAGAAGCCAACGUCAUCCGCCUCGGACCAAAACACCACCACCUGACACCCGCGCCCACACGCCCAGCAAUCAUGGACUACAGCCAGCCCUUCCACGACGACAACCCCAGUGGCACCUCGCCAUGGGGCUCGCCAGGCACCUCGCCCCAACCCAAUCGCACCACCUUUAAUUCCGCCGGUGGCGCCCUCGCCCCGCCCGCCUUUCAGGGAUUUACGCCAAACCCCGCCGGCAACGGCCUCGGUGCCGCUGAGGACGAUGCCGGUUUCGGGGACAGCGACACCGGCUUCACAAGGCCCACCACCGCCAACAGUGCCGCACCCGCCCCCGAGGGUCAGGCGGACAACUCGGGGACAGACGCGCCCGAGGGCGGCGAGUCUCAGUCGCAGGCAGCCGCGGGCCAGGCUCCGACAGCAGCGCAGCAGGAUGCUAAAGCCCAGGGAGGACAGCAGCAACAGAACCAGGAUAGUCAGCAACCAGACUCACAACCGAGGCGGCCUCCGCAGCCGCUCUUCAAGCUCCAGGCCAAGAUAACGGGGCUCGAGCGGACUGGUCGGAAGGACCCAAUCCUAAGAUUCGACGUCCAUACAAACAUCCCCAAGUUCCGAACGACACAAUACCGAGAUAUCCGCCGACUGCACUCCGAGUUCGUCAAACUUGCCGAGCACCUCAUAUCGUCCAACCCCGAAGCCAUAGUACCUGCUGUGCCCCCUCCGUUGACGUCUGCGGGCGCCGGCACCGACGAGGAUGAGGUCCGAGUCAAGGGCCUGAUGCAACGGUGGCUCAACUACGUCUGCAGCAACGAUGUGCUGCUCAGGGAUGACGAGAUGGUGCGCUUUGUCGAGAGUGACUUUGGCUACAGCCCCACGAUCAAGAAGAAGCAGCCGGCUACGGGCGUCCGCCGCAAGAUCCUCAAGCAGUUCGCCCCACCACCUGACGACACGCCAGAGUUGCAGGACUCGCGUCCGAUUGUCAAGUUAUUCUACCUGGGCGCGAUGGAUGGUGGCCACAAGGUUGAUAAGCUUGUGAAAGCCCGAAGAGGAUUGGGUCUCGCCGAGUCGGAUUUCGGCGUCAAGUUGGGGGCAAUGCACGUGCAGGAGUUGCACCAGGGGCUCGCUAACGCCUAUCGCAAGCUGGGCAAGGUCAUCCAGACGGUUGGCGACUGCCAUGCUGCCCAAGCCACUGCCGAGGCUACCACGAUUGGCGACCCGCUACAGCACCACUCCUCGGAUGCCUUUAUCGUCAAGGAGACGCUCACGAACCGGCAGAUAUUGAUUCGCGAGUUUCUUCAGGCGCAGGAGACGACGCGGAGCAAGCUUAACGCGGCAGACCGGUUGCGGGGAAGCUCCAACGUGCGGAGGGAGAAGGUGGACGAGGCGAUCGCAUCACUAGAUGAGGCGCGGCGCAACGAGACGUAUCUUGAGCAGAAGACGCAGCGCGUGACGCAGAACCUGGUGCAGGAGCGACGGCGCUGGUUCGCGCGCACGGCGGCGGACCUUCGACUGAGCAUCCGAGAGUACGUGUUGCGCGAGAUCGAGGCGGAGAGGCGGACGCUGGCGCUGCUCGAGACAGUUCGACCCGAUAUCCGCGGUAUCGACGGCUCGGGCGGUCUUAGCCGGUUGGGUCGCGAGGCGCACCCGCCGCAGAGGCGUGUUAGCAUGGCGGCCAGCCAGGGGCCCAAGGGCGACGCCUGGAGCGGCGUACCUCGCCGUUCCGACGCGGCGGCCGCCUCAGUUACAGCCAGCAUGAUUGGGACUCUACCCGAGGACGGCGAGGGAGAUGACGCGACAGAAACUUCGCGGCCCAAGGGCAUGUCAAGCACAGCAGACGAGGACGACGGGGACCGGCUAGAUGCGAGGAACGCUGCUAGCCGCCUAGCGACGAGCACGUUUUGAGGACGUUUGCGCUUCGGUGUACUCGGUUUACCGCUGAGCCAUGUUUUCUGGGCAUCUUUUCUGCUUCUUUCACCUCUCCUUUUUACGUCUUCUCUAGCCCCGUUUACGCUGGCCACUGUUUGCUCUAAGAAUAUGAUAUUGGGCGGCAAAAGACAUGAACAUUUUUGCCCGCGUGACCGCGACCUUUGCUUCAACCCUUCCGCCCGUCUGCCCGUCCUGGUGCGAUUAAACAGGCUGCAUAGAGCAG